AUGCCUACACGGACGAAAAUAUUGACAUUCUUAUCGAGCUUUUUCACAAGCCUCGGAUCCUUCAUCGUCAUUUGCUCUAUUCUCGGCACACAGGCCUGGAUCAGAAGCACAUUGGCCAUUAGUGAUGACAUUUCCAGCGGAAACGUGACUCUAUCCUAUGGACUGUUCCGUGGCAAAGGCUCUCAACAGCUGACCCAGGGCCUUGAGGAGCCAGACAAGUAUUUUGAAGUUUUAGGCAUAUUGAGCGACUCUUCCCCCAAAAUCCUGCAUUUGGUGGUCGUCCUGGUCCUGGUCCUGAGCUUGUUCUGCGCGUUGAUGAGUUCCGGCUUCACCUUGUACAACAGCGUCAGUAAUCCCUACCAGACGUUCCUGGGGCCCACGGGCGUGUACACCUGGAACGGGCUCUGCGCAUCCUUCACGCUCCUCGCCAUGUUCCUGUUUGUGGGGAACACGCAGUCCAACAGCCUCUCGGAGGAGUUGACCCAACUUCUGUACCCCACAGUCACCCGCAGCGGGGCGACCCAUCAGUACGGAUACUCCUUCUGGCUCCUGCUCCUUGUUGUCCUUCUAAACAUCGUCACCAUCGUCAUCGUCUACUUCUACCAGAGGGCCAGGUACCGGCGGAAGCAGGAGCAGAGGAAGCCCAUGGAACAGGCCCCGAGGGACGGGAUUCUGUUCUAA